AUGCUCAGAUUCUUGAAACUAGAAAUAAAAGUAGUAAGGCCCUCUAUAAUUAAUAUAGUAAAUAUUCAUAGUAAGAGUAAAAAAGCUGUUAGUAAAAUUUCUGACUUUCUAUUUGUAGUCACAGAAGUAACUAUCCUAGUAAAUAUUGAUGUAACAAAUGCCAAUUCAUAUCAAGCUAUUGUUAGUAAUAAUUGGCUUAAUAAACUUUUAGAAAAAAGUUGUCUUUCUAAGGUUCUUGAGUUAAAUGAAAAUGAGAUUAAAGAUAAUAAUUUUAAAGAGAGUAUAAUAGAAGAAGAGUUUGAAGACAAGGAGAUUAAAAAUAGGGUUUUUAAUUUUUUUGAAAUAGAUAAAGUUAAAACAAAGAAGCCUUUAUACUGUCUUGCUUAUUGGAUUUUGGUUCUUCAAGAAUUCGAUUAUACUAUUCAGUAUUGUUUUGAAAAAUCUUAUACUCAUAUUGAUACAUUAUCAAGAAUUUAA